CCACGUUAAGUGCCUUCUAUCAUACAGGCUACCUAGCCAUCUUGCGCCCUUUCGCUCAGCCACCCGCCCUGCAAUCUUCGUAAGGGCGGGGCUAUUCUCUAUCAUGACUGUGAUGGACGCAGUAGAGUCCAUGUCUACAGUCUUGCUGACCUCAUAAGAGUACCGUUUGAUGUCUGCUCACCAUUUAGUCACUCACCAGCAGCUAGGUUUCCCAACAUCUCCAAACCAAACCCUUACUGUCCUUGCGCGACAUCUAGUAGUCUUCUUAACUGAGUGUACUACACCCUCCCAACUUGCAGGCACUUAAGGCAGACAUACCAAUACAGAAAUCAACCCCUUCAACGAUGGCAUCCGAGUCCCUUAUGAACGCCGCAGGUCGUACCUCUUCCCACCCUUUCUCCGACCUACGCGCCGCCUCUUACGCCCACCGCCGCUUAAAGAAAUACCCAGAACAGAUCUCUCGUAAACGAGGCCACCGCGGCGAAGACUAUCGACCUACAAAGUACUGGACGAGUCUCUUUCAACGCGAAGAAUCGAAGCACCACACCCAGAACCGGCCGUGGGAGGAGCUAUGGGGCGCGGAGAGUGACUUUAAGGACGAUUUAAAGUUUAUGGACGAAGUUGUCGCGUACCAGCGCUUCGGAAAAUACGCCGAGAUCUUCGAGGGACGAGCCGGAGUUGAGAUGGAUGGGUGGAUGAUGAGCGGAGAGGACUUUGGUGCAUGGGGCAGGAAGAGGAUUGGCGAGAUGCGGUCUGUCAAAGAAGAUCGAAUACGAAAGGCACAGUGCACUCGCACUACUACUACGGUCCCCGCAUCUCGCAAAGAUGACGAGGAACACGCCAACUCUACAAUUGUUUCUACCUCCCCUAUACCUAACACCACACUCCCAAUAACACCCUUGGAUAUCCACGCCCACAACCUUCUCAAAGAGAUCCUCACACCAAACGAAUACUUUCUCCGUCGCCGCCGCUUCAUGAAGCCGCCGAUUCCACGCAUCAGCGGAUUUCAAUGGUUUGGGGUGUACGAGUGGCAAUGGCACCGCAACCAGUCCGGUUGCUGGGAGCUUGGCUAUGCGGAUUCCUGCGGUGGGUGCUCGUUCCCUUGUACUUGCUGUUGUGUAGGCAACGGCAGCAUGUACUGGCCUUGCUCUUGCGCAGAGUUUGCAAAGGACGAGAAAGGUCCAGAGGAGGUGCAUACAUGUAGUUUAAUAGAGUGGGUGAAGGGACCACUGUGGGCUGUUUUGAUGCAUGAUGAGCAUGAGAGAAGGAUGGUCGAGAUAAUAGAGGCAUCAGAGGGGGAGGAGAGUAAGCACAGCGAGGCAUGGGAGCUCAUGUCUGAUGCUGCUUCGGAGGGGUGGAGUAUAGUUAGUGUGGAAUCUGGCUUUGAGAUACUCGAUAUUUGAUACCCAAUGUGACAAGCCUAGUUAUACAAGUAAGGCAAGCUCUGUUAUUUAG